CGGGACACGUGACUGUCCGUUCGUGGCGCGACCGAACGUAAAUGUCGGACGCAUAACCUAUUCGCCUGGGUGAAGCUGAGCGUUCGUCAUUGUUUUGAUGCUUGAACAAUGCUGCAUAUCAGAGAGCUGGGAGUGCGGCUAGCCAGCACGUCGGCGGCUACAAGUGCAUCUAGGAAAGUACUGGAUUCAGUGAUAAGAGUCGACCAUGCCGGCGAACUGGGGGCCGACAGAAUAUACGCCGGACAGAUGGCUGUGCUAGGCAACACGUCGGUCGGACCGACCAUACAACACAUGUGGGAUCAGGAGAAGCGGCACCGCGCCAAAUUCGAGGAGUUGAUUCGCAAAUACCGGGUCAGACCGACCGUUCUCACCCCUCUGUGGAACAUGGCCGGUUUCGCCCUGGGCGCAGGCACUGCCCUCAUGGGCGAGAAAGCGGCCAUGGCGUGCACCGUGGCCGUGGAAACAGUGAUCGUCGAUCAUUACAACGAACAGCUGCGCACAUUGAUGGAAAGCCAGGAGACCGUGAGUGAAGAGAUACUCCAGACGAUCAAGGAGUUCCGCGACGAGGAGCAGGAGCACCACGACACGGGCAUAGAUCACGGCGCCGAGCAAGCGCCGUUCUAUCAAGCGCUAACGAACGUGAUCAAAUUCGGCUGUAAAACAGCUAUAACUAUCUCCAAGGUGAUAUAAAUGCGAACAUAUGCGUUGUUAUCUUCCGUUAAAAGGGAACGAGUAGUGUGUAAAUAUUGUAAUUUAUGUAAUAAAUUAUUAUCAGUUCUGUUUUUUACUUGCAGCUGUAGCUAAUCAGAGUUUAAUAAUAUAUUUCAAGUUUAUCACAUA